AAGAACCUAUAUGAAUGGCUUUUCUCUCUGAAGGCGCACGUUAAGCAGGAUUGCUAACGUACGCCAACAACCAUGAACGGCCAUCAAUGACGACAUUCGAUGAUGAAAAGCUCAACAAACCAAAUUGAAGAGUCAGUUAGUAGAUUGGUUACACCAAAAUCGGGAAUUGAGCAACAACUAGGUCCUCGACAACUUAUCAAUUGGAUGUCGAGGAUGGGAAGUACACCGACAAUCAUGCAAACAGCGGCAAUGAUUGAAUCACUACCAUCGGUGACAAGAGCUACCAUAAUUCCACAAGAAGCCUCUAUUCCACCGGAAUUAGGAAUUACAACAGUAGCGUGUAAAUUGACUUACUCAGUAGAGCCAGCUAGAUCUAUGGCGGAGAUAGUCAAAGAAAAUCUAAUGAAGGACCAAGGCAUGCAGCUAAAAUUCUAUCCACCGGUGAUAAAAGAUGGAAUUAAGCUGGUUCAAUUGAAUCUAGAUGAAAUGGAGCAGCAAUGUCAACAAUGGAAAAAUGCCCUAAUCGAAUAUGUAAUUGGGGAACGUCCAGCUUUUAAAGAGAUGCUCAAGUUUGUAUGGAGUAUGGAGCUUAGUAAAUACGCCAAAGGAAUUUCCUCUGGCAUGGAUCGAAGGAGAAUGUCAACAGAACACUAAUUGCUUGAGAAACAGUUUGUCAACCAAGAUCAACUGGUGGGCUAAAUAUUCUCACUUCACUUUAUGGAAUAAAGCAGUAAUACUAAAAUUAUUAUGGGCAAUAUUGCAGAAAAAAGACACUCUUUGGGUCCAGUGAAUACAACACCAAUACAUAAAGGAGAAAGAUCUAAAGGACAUGAAAACUCCAAGGCAAGCAAGCUGGAUGGUUAGAAAGAUCUUUGAAGCUAGACAGUGGGUAGCUCCUAAUAUGGACAGGAUUCAGCAGUAUGCAAAUUAGAGAAAAUUUAGCAUCAAGAAAGCUUACAUGGACAAUCUUCCUUAAUAUCCCAAAUUUACCUGGAAAAGCUUUAUUUUAAGUAAGGGUUUGAUUCCAAAACAUCAAUUCACCUUGUGGAUGGACCUUCAACAAAAACUGGCUACAGUGGAUAGAAUUCGAAAAUGGAGGAUUCAAGUGCAAAGUGAAUGUGCUCUUUGCUCAACAAGUUCAGAAGAGAUAUUCAACCACCUAUUCUUUUAAUGCCAAUAUUCCAAGAGCAUUUGGCAGAAGCUACUACUAUGGACAGGAAAGCAGCAACAAGUGAAGUCAUGGAAUGAAGAAGUUAAUGAACUAUCAAGCGUGACAAGGAGUAAGCAGCCCAGAUACACUAUCAAUGCUUUUCUAUUUGCAGCUACAGUUUAUCACAAUUGGAUGGAAAGGAAUAGUAGAAGAUUCAUACAAGUACAAAAGCCUCUUAUAGAAAUACUGAAGGACAUAGCCUUGCAAUUACACAUUGUAGGACAAAGACAUCCCAAUUGGCCAAAUGAAUUAGAUAGAUUGAUAGGAUAUCCAAGCUAAAAGCUACUAGUUUUAUGGUUAUAUAAAUGAUACACUUCCUAAAAGGUGCGCAGAUAUAGAACCUAGUACUGAUAGCAGAUAGAUUAGAAAGUUUCUCAUAGGCUAUUUUUGUAAGGAUCCUAUAUCUAUUGUCCAAUGAGCAAGUGUGCUUGUAAAUA